AUGUUGUCUCUCCUCCCGGACCUAACACCACGCGACUCGCACUCGCUAUGGUAUACCUCCUCCCGCAACCCCCUCUCGAGCUUCACGUACGAUGCGAACCCCCAGCAGCUACAACAGCAACAGCAGCAGUUACAGCAGCAGGACAGCUCUGCAGGGAACCCCCACGGAGUUAAUAACCACCGCCGCGGGGCCCAUCUGAUUGAGCGGUCGCCUCUCGCACGCCUACGCGCUGACGAGCAGAACCUCGAGCGCCGCCGCUUAAACGUCGCUAACUUCGGCAGCGCAUGGCUCAAGCCCCCUGGUAUCCACAAGACCCUGCACCAGUUACGCGAGGAGCGCCGCGAAGCUGAGGAGCACCAAGAGGCGCUUCGUCGCGAGCAGCUUGCGCAAGAACUCGCCGAGGCCGAGGCCGCGGACGUUAAUGCCAUCGACGCGCAGGGCGACGAUGGGGUUAUGGACGACGUACAGCUGGACGGGGCUAGGGAUUUAGACGAAGACAUUCCUGAGGCGGAUGCUGACUUUGGCAUUGGAUCCGACGACGAGGAUGAGGACUCUGAAGACGAAGAUGAUAGCGAUGACGACGAGGACUCUGAAGAUGACGAUGAUGAUGACGACGAGGAUGAUGAUCCGGAGCAAAGGGCAGCCCAUGCGCAGCAGCAGCUCAUGGCACAAAGGAUGAGGCAAGCUGACGACGCGUUUCGCGAAUCGGGGGUUCGCGGCCGGGAUAGCAAUUACUACGGUGUCGACGACGAAGUAGACGACGAAGACCAGGCCCAGAUGAUCGAGGAAGACGAUCUAAUCGGCCAUGGAGACGGUGUGGACAUGGACAUGGACGCCGACCUCGAUGAUGAUAUCCCCGAAGCAGAGGACGGAGGUUAUGAGCACACCGACUCUGAGGCGGAUAUGAGCAGCGACGAAGAAGAUGACCAGCCCGAGUUGAGCUUCGCCGCGCAGGCAUCCCAGCAAGUAUCCCAGCAGACGUCACAACAGCAUAGGUUCAGGCAUAGUCUAGCACGAAGCGACGCGACGCGGCAUAGCCUCGCUAUUAGCGACAUCCUAUCGCACGACGGCGACAGCAUCGGAAGUAGCCCGCAACUUCAACGGCGAGCCAGCGGCCCCGCGCGUCGAGCCCGAGGUUAA